AUGGAGAAAUGUGAAGAAAAUGAUAUAUCUAACACAGGAAAUGCUAAGACAGAGAUUUCUCCUAAGUCAAAACAAAAGAAGAAAUCUCUUUGCCAUCUACUUAUGAAUAAAAAGACCAAAAUUGGAUGUUUAGAAACAUCUUACAAAGAUGGUGAUUCAAAUAAAAAUUCAAAAAUGGAAAAUUCCCAACAUGGAUCUCACACUAGUACAAAGCUUUCAUUGUGCUGUGCAAUGACUGAACGCAGCAGAACACCACCUCAAAGUUUGACUGUCAGUAGAUUAUCUCCAACUACAUUAAGUUGUACAUCAGUUAAAUCUGAAGUAGCUUCUGGUAAUGGAAAUUGUCAAACAGAUGUAAUAAUAGAAAAAGAAGAAAUGUGUAUAGCAAGUGAUUAUUUACAAAAAACACAUAAAUUUUUAUUAAAAGAAACAAAUACAAUGUCACAAGAGAAUAGUGAAGAUAGUGAUUUCUCUGCAGAGUCAACAGAAGAUUUGUUUGAGGAAUCAUCAGAAGAUGAAAAUGAACUUCUAAUUGAUUAUGAAAAAAAUGAAAAAAGUUUAAAGGAUGAAUAUUUUACAAAAGGAAAAUAUAUCACUUAUUUCUUCUUGGAAAUGGAACGGCAAUUCUACAAUCCGUUUGAAGUUUACAGUAUGGUUCAAUACCAUGAGCAUAACAAUACUGAAAAACCAGGAAAAGAAGGUGAAAAUUCAUCCUCUGGAUCUAUCUCUCCAAGUAUUCCUGCAUAUUUAAGGCAAAGACUAAUUCAUAGACGAUCUGUGGAUAAUUUAGUAGCAAAUUCACCAACAAAUUCUAUGCGACAUUCAAGUCCUGAAUCUAUAAAAAGUGCACCUGUUCAACUUAAACCACGCUCCACAUCUCAUGAUGCUUUGUCUAAAAAGAAAGAGCGUCAUCAAUCUCAUACAACUGGAGCAUCCAUGGAUAGUUUAGCAAAACAAGCAUUAUUAGCUGCUCAAGUUCUUAAUUUAAUUCCUACACAAAAAGCUCGAGAAAGAAAUUUUCUUCAUGGAAGAAUUGCUGCAAAUUCAUUACUUGGACCAGUAGAACUUGAAAAAGUAUUACCAAAUCGUGAACUAAAAAUUUUUAUUGGAACAUGGAAUAUGAAUGGACAAAGUCCACCAAAAGAGUUAAAUGAUUUUAUGUUGCCUUCUGACAUAGAAACUGUUCCAGAUUUGCUAGCAAUUGGAACGCAAGAAUCCUGUUCUGAACGAAAUGAAUGGGAAGCAGCUUUACAAGAAACUCUUGGUCCUUCCCAUGUACUACUUUCUAGUACUGGUUUAGGAACAUUACAUCUUGCACUCUUCUUAAGAAGAGAUUUAAUUUGGUUCUGUUCAAUUGCUGAGGAUGCUAGUUUUUCAACUAGAACAGGAACUGCUUUUAGAACAAAAGGAGCAGUAGCUAUAGCCUUGAUGUUGUUUGGUACGAGCUUUUUGUUUGUUACUGCACAUUUAACUGCACAUCAGGACAAAGUUAAAGAAAGAGUAAACGACAUUAAAAGAAUAGUUAGAAACCUUGAUCUUCCUAAAGAUUUACCUACAAGACAUAAAAGCAAAGAUGUAACUCAAAAUUUUGAUUGUGUAUUUUGGUGCGGUGAUUUAAACUUUCGACUCGCUCAACCAAGAGAGGAAGUUAUCCAAUGGGUUACUGAUACAUGCUUUCCACAGCAAUCACCAGUAAAUUUGCACAAAGACCAAUUACAAGCAAUUCUUAAUGAAGGAGCUGUUUUACGUGGCUUUGAAGAAGCACCAAUUACUUUUCCUCCAACAUAUAAAUAUGAUCCUGGAACACACAAUUUUGAUUCAAGCAGUAAACAACGCACACCUGCAUAUACCGAUAGAAUUCUUUUUAAAGGAAAAGGGCAUACAAGAGGAUACAUUCGAAGAGUCAGUCAUGAAAACUCUAAUUCAUAUAAAGAUGGAGUUAUAGAAUGUUUAGUCUAUGAUUCUGUACCAAGCAUUUGCACUUCAGAUCAUAAACCAGUUUGGGGUGUUUUUAAGACGACCAUAAGACCUGGUAUUGACACUAUUCCUCUUGGUGGAGGUUUGUUCAAUCGUGAAAUAUAUUUAGAAGGUAUAAAAAGACGAGCAGCUGCUAUGGAUGAAUCCCAUGGAACUUCAAAAGUUUGUUCGAUUCAGUAA